AUGCAAUGUAAUGUUAGGGAUAAGGUAUCUCACUCUGAGUUAAAAGAAUAUACUCCCUAUGUAAAUGCUAAAAGAGGCGGUUAUUGCAUGAAUGAAAGUUAUUAUUGUAAUAGCGGGCAGUCGGGGUUAAUGACCGGCCUAGAGAAUGUCACAUCGCCUCCGAUGAGGUCACGGAGUUCGGGCGUAGUGCAUGAGUCACCGUCUAUGCUGGGAGAUGCACCGGCGGUGUUAACUGAACCAUCUAUCCCUGUCGCACCUAUGCACUAUACAAAUAGAGUGCGUAGCGAGAGUGUCCGGAGCGAAAAUGAUAUUAUAAGGCAGGGCACUGUGAACAAUGAAGCGCUCGCGCAUCGAGUAACCGAUGAGGUGACGUCACGGCGCAGUGUUAUACCGGCGGCGGCGGUUGAUUUGAAUGAAGGUGGUAUGCAGAAUGAUAGUGAAGGGGAGUGGGUUCGUGUAGUGAGGCGUCGAGGAACACGUACAUCGCGUUUCAAAGCCGCAAACUUACAACAUAAGGCAAGGGCAGAGGCAAACCCCACGCCCGCGGGACGCACCGCAGCAGGCAGCCAACACUUCCCACCACCCGCCGUCCCACAAGCGAACGAUGUCUCGCCGGACAUAGACGAGGUAAAACCAGAGGCUAAUGUGAACGAUGGUUAA